AUGGACGCAGGUGGUCUCGCUCAGAUGACUUCAAACUCUUUCAACUCGGCCAACGGGUUACCGAUAUCCGCCGGCGGGCUAGCCUCUCGCCGAGGCAGCCAAAAUAUCAAGCCUCUGACCUUUGACACCGUUAAGCAGGGCAACGGUAGCAAGGAUGGUGCUACUACGCCUCGCACAAGCCGCUCCCAUCUACUUGCCGGUCUACGAACAGCUCCAAAAUCCGCGACGGCCUCUACGUUUCCUACAUCGCCCGCUUCAAAUGUUACGCCUCAGCAAUAUGCUAGACGCAGUAUGGCUACCAAUCUGCAUGAGUAUGGUCAAGACAGUGUCUAUAAUACCGCUCCUAAGACGGCAUUUCCCCAGUAUGGUAACAUGCAGGGUAUUUAUCAAAACAUGAUGGGGAACCAGCAAUACACGGUCGAUCAGGUUCUUGCGCCGCCCGAGCUUCCCAUGGACGAACAAGCCCAGGAACACAUGGAUCCCAAUCUCUACUCUCAGCUCGUCGCUACCAACUUGUACCUUGCUCAGCAGCAGCAGAGGCUCCAGCAGCAACUUAGAAAUGUUCAAGCCGCCGCUCAGCAGUUUCAGCAGCUCAACCUCAACAGUGCACAGCGUUCGCACCUCACGCAUCAGCAACUAGCCCUUUACGAACAACAACAGCAGCUCCACAACCUGCAGCAACAGCUGGGGGUGCAAGCCGCCCUCAGCCAGGGUCAGCAGGUCUACUACAGUCCUGUCACUGGCCAAUACUACGUUGAUAAUGCUAUUGUUACUACAGCAGCCCAAGUUGGCUCCCCAUAUGUCGAGCAACCCAUGUCGCCCACAUUCUCUCUUCAAUCGGUCCAGCAACGGCUUCAGCAGCAUUUCCAACAGCAGCAAUAUCAACAACCUGCGCCAGGAACCCCACGAGUUCAGGUCUCCCCUCCUCCCGAUAAUCAUCAGUUGACGUUGCGCGCCGGCUCUCCCCCCAAGCAGCACGACUCGCCCUCGGACGUGACACCACUGCCCCCUCCGUCUGCCAACGCAUUUCGCCGUGGUCAUAACAAGGCCUCAUCCCUCGCACCUGUCAACAGCACCUUGGCUGCGGUGAGCCCCUCGGGCGACGCUCCCAAGUCUGCGGGACCCAACACGGCCUCUUGCCAUAUGACGCCUGUGACUGGAGGCUACGGGCCUGGUCAGGCUCGCGCUGGUGAGCAUCCAACGCGACAGCCACGGGGCCCCCCAUCAUUGGAUGACCUCAUGUCAAAGCCCACUACCAAGCACGAGGGCAGCAGGAACUUUGCUGCUCGCACGCGUCGAUCUGCAGUGCAUAAUCUCGUUCGUGCCGGCCUGGAGCGUCGCAAGGGUGCAGACAGCUCUGUUGGCAGCAUGAGCCCCGUUUCUGAGACUGCUGAAGAUUUCUGCUCACCCAUUACGGAUAAUGAUUCAGAUUCCGGACGAAGCGGCUCAGGUAGUCUAGCUGGCGAGGAGGAAUGCACCAGCUCUCGAACCUCCGCUAGCGGCAGUUGGGGAGCUAUUGGCUCGGACCGACCUAGCUCUCGCCAAAAGGCCCGGGGAGGUGCCGACGGCGCCGGCAACAGCAGCCCGACAUCAUCGGGCGAGGCUGAAAGCACCUCUUUUGCCACCGUGUUCAAGAAUGGCGCCUUGCGUGCUACCAAGAUGCAGGAGACGGCUGACGCUCAACGCAAAACCCACAGAUUGGUCUUGACCAGCGCCGAGAAGCGUAAAGCUACUCCUGCUGCCUAA